AUCACCGUCACCUAUAGCUCACCUUCCCACCCGGAGAGGGCAUCGGCCCCCGAGUGGGGCUUCCACUGCUACACUCUGCCGUCCUUGCUUGGUUGUAACCGCCGACUGGAGCGUUGUGGCCUCUGAGACCUGGUGCCCUUCCACCGCCAGGCUGAUCCGGGACCCUACUGUGCAACGUGCCCUACCCAGGGCUCCCAGCUUAGCCAUGCUGGCCUGUCUGCAGAGGACCCAGAACCCACCGGGCCAACACCUAACCUGCCCCAGCAAGAGCCUGGACCUGCGCAAGUGUGAGUCGGUGGCCAGCUCUAUGCAUUCCUCCCGCUACCCGAGCCCAGCCGAGCUGGAUGCUUAUGCCGAGAAGGUGGCCAACAGCCCGCUGUCUAUCAAGAUCUUCCCCUCCAACAUCCGAGUCCCACAGCACAAACACCUGAGCCGCACGGUCAACGGCUAUGACACCAGUGGCCAGCGGUACAGCCCCUACCCACAGCACACUGCUGGCUAUCAGGGCUUGCUGGCCAUUGUUAAAGCUGCAGUCUCCUCCAGUGUGGCUGCACCUGUUGGACCCACCAAGAGUGUGCUCAAGAGUGCUGAGGGCAGGCGGACUAAACUGUCACCAGCCACUGUGCAGGUGGGCAUCGCCCCCUACCCUGCACCCAGUGCCCUGGGACCCUUGGCCUACCCCAAGCCACCUGAGGCACCAGCCCCGCCACCCAGCCUGCCUGCAGCUGCCACUGCCACCUCUGUAAUCCCUCUGCCAGGCCGGGGCCUGCCCCUCCCCCCCUCCAACCUGCCAUCCAUCCACAGCAUCCUCUACCAGCUCAACCAGCAAUGCCAGGCCCCAGGUGCUGCACCCACCGCCUGCCAGGGUGUGGCUGUGCCCCAGCCCAGCCCGGCCAAGCACGGCCCAGUGCCCAGCUUCCCAGGUAUGACUUACUCAGCCACAGCUGGUCUGCCAGAUUGCCGGAAGGGCACAGAACUAGGUCAGGGAGCCACAGCAGCCCUGACACUGGCUGGAGCCACCAAGCCAGCAGGGUAUGCAGAAGGUGGCCUGGAUUACCUGCUGUGGCCACAGAAGCCGCCACCACCCCCACCCCAGCCACUGCGAGCUUACAGUGGUAGCACUGUGCCCAGCAAGUCCCCGGAGGCUUGUGGUGGGCGGGCUUAUGAGAGAGCCAGCGGGUCACCCCUCAAUUGUGGUAUGGGGCUGCCCACCAGCUUCACUGUGGGCCAAUACUUUGCUGCCCCCUGGAACAGUGUGCUGGUGACUCCCACCAGCGACUGCUACAACCCAGCGGCAGCUGUGGUGACUGAGCUAGGGCCAGGAGCCACCCGGGAGCUAGCUGGGCCUCCUGCAGACACACUCUCUGGCCUGACAAGCAAGAGUGUGUGCAACACAUCUGUGCUGAGCAGCAGCCUACAGUCCCUUGAGUAUCUCAUCAAUGACAUCCGGCCUCCCUGCAUUAAAGAGCAAAUGCUGGGCAAAGGCUAUGAGACUGUGGCCGUACCCCGGCUGCUGGACCACCAGCAUGCCCACAUUCGCCUCCCUGUCUACAGAUAAGGUCUACACGGCAGAUGCCUGGACACACGGACAGGGUGCUGACAGAAGACAGGCUGCAGCACAGAGUGGGAAACUAAGCAGGGGUAGCCCACCUGCCCUGUGCCCAUGAUGCCCACAGGGAAGCCAGGCUGGCUGCUGCCUCACUUGGGGGACGGGGGGGGAUGAUAGGGCAGGGUGACCUUAUAUACCAAGGCUCCUCCCCACACCCACUGCCCCAGGACCUGGGGAGGACUGGCAGUAACUUGAGGGGCCUGUCCUUCCCCCAUCUAGGCAGGCAGAGAAACCUUUGAAAACAGGAACAGCUCUGGGUACUCCUAUUAGUCUCCAGCAAAGGCCCUCAGGCUGGGGGGAAACACAGGAGGAAACGGGGUGCUCCAUUCAGGGUGAGUGUCACAUAGUGGGUCUCUACCCACAAUCCCGCAGUCUCCCAGAAAGGAGCAAAAGGGGUCUGUAGGAAGUCCCUAGGUCCAAAGUAUCCCCCCACCAACUAAUCCAGGUAAAGACUACUCUGUGACCCCAGAUUCCUAGAGGCCCCAAGACUCCCUGUCUCCCCUGGUCCUCUGACUCCUCCCCUCCCCAUUCCUUUGUAACAAGUUAUGGCGCAUCCUUGUUCUGUCCACCCUAGACCAACCUCUUCUCCAUUCCCUACAUCUUAUAGGGCUGCUGGGAACAGUUGCAGAGUGUGCACUGCACAAGGGCACCUUGUCCAGGGAGACCACUUGCAUCGUAGACUUGUAUAUUUAUUACAGUUUUCUGAAUCUUGAGGAAGGGUUCCCAUUUUCCUUUUCGCACAAAAAUAUUACAGAGGCUCACCAGGGACCCCAUCCAGAAGGACUCUGCCUUGCCUUGGUGUGUGUGGGUCUCCCGGGAACCAAGGAGGGGAUGACCUACUGGCUGUAAUUGGGAUACCCAAUCCAACUUUUCUGCACCCCCUCUCAGACCUGACCUACAUUACUUUGGGGAGAGAUUAAGCCUAGGAGGUCGCCAAGGCCUGCAGUCCCCCAGUCCUGCCUCCCUCCCCCCGGCACUCCGGAAGCGGUACUGUAUCUCUCCAAGGCCUGUUCAAGCACUAAGUGCAUUUACAAAUCUCUGAGAAUGUUUUUUUUUAUACUAAAAUUGACCAUUAUAUUCUACUGUGAGAAGUGCAGUCUGCACUAUAUUGUUUUAAAAACAAAGAGAAAGAAAACAGA